UUCCAUUACAUUUUUUGAAUACAGAGUUGUUGUUUUGAUUUCGGUUGAGAAUUUUAGCGUGCAUAUUAUUUGCGUGCAUCAGCUAAAUUCGUCCAAUCACAUUGUAUAGAUGGACACAAAGGAUUUUCCGAUCAAAAAGAAAUUAUAUUAAUUCGUUGUUAUUAUGUUUAUAAGACUGAAUUUAUUGCGACACAAUGGUGGAUCGAGUGUACAAUGGCCUAGAAAACUAUUCGAAGAAAAUAAAUUUCGAACUAGAUUAAAAAUUGUGCGAAAUUGCAGUGAUAUAAAAUGUAAUGAGGAACGAUUUUUCGGUAGUCAAGAUGGUGGCAUUGUUAUACCAUCUACACUGAAAGUUAGGCAAACAAUUAAAUCGGGAUUUUAUGAUUAUGUCGAUGGAUUUACUUGCAUUCAAACAUCAUGCCCAACAUGCCAGCCAGAUAACGAGCAAAAAACCACAAAUAUUCCAGAUAAAAAAGUCAUCGAUAACAAAUGCCUGUACAUCAAUAAAACAACAGGUGAUGUAGUAUGUUCAAAGUGCCAACACAUCUUUAGUUUUAGUGCUGUUGAAAAGUUUUUUUCCAAAUCGUAUCGUUCAACCAUCGAUAUGGAACGUGCUCGUGAUUUAUUUUUGCGAUCAAAACCAAAGAUAUCUAUUCAAAAGUCGUAUCAAAUUCCAAAAGAUGCAAUACCAAUAACUGAGAUUGGAAACGAUGAAAUACAGGAGAUUAUUGAACAUUUAGGUCUGCAUGAUAUUGAAUUAAGUGUCCUUCAAAAUGUACAAGCAUUUUGCCAUGCAAAACGAAAAACAUUGUACUUUCCAAUGCUGGACGUUCAUUCAAAUAUUAUUGGAUACAAAAAACUCUCGCGCCUACUCGAAUCAAAGUUGACUGAAACAACAAUACCCGAAAAGAAUAGUUUUGGAGCUGUUAUAUUUCCGCCAAUUAUCAAACGUGGAUUUAGAGAUCAAAGAACUGCCAUCCUUGUUGUGAAUAUGAUGGAUGCACUGGCCUUAAGAAUGGAAAAGACCAAUGUGACGAUCAUUUGUCUUCCAUAUGGAUUUAAAACACUGCCGCAAGAAUGUUUACCAUUAUUUGAAUCGUAUGCAAAGUUGAUUCUUUGGUUUGACUAUAAUUCCGUUGGAUGGGACAUGGCAAAAAUGUUUGCCAAAAAACUUGAUGAAAAACGUUGCCAUUUCAUACGUCCGACUGAAAAUACUCCAACGCCAUACGUAGCCAUUCAACAAUCGAUUCCAACUAAAACCAUUUUAACGGCUGCACAACCAAUCGUACAUAAAGCCGUCACCACAUUUCGAGCACUUCGUCAAGAUGUGCUUAGUGAUAUACAGAAUAUAGAUAAAGUGCAGGGAAUCAAAUGGAAUCGAUAUCCAACAUUAAAUAAAUACCUCAAAGGUCAUCGACGCGGUGAAUUAACCAUCUUAACUGGGCCAACUGGCUGUGGAAAAACGACAUUUAUGGCCGAAUACUCUUUGGAUUUAUCAAUGCAAGGUGUGAACACAUUAUGGGGAUCGUUUGAAAUUCGAAAUACACUGUUGGCGCGAACAUUGCUACAACAAAUGGCACGAAAACCACUUGAUGAAAAUAUUGAAGAAUUUGACACAUGGGCCAAUCAAUUCGAACAACUUCCAAUGUAUUUUAUGACAUUUUAUGGACAACAAACGCUCAAAAUUGUUAUGGAGGCCAUUGAACAUUCACAAUAUGUACACGAUAUACAUCACGUAAUCAUUGACAAUUUACAAUUUAUGAUGGGCACCAGCGAUCCACGCUCAUUGGACAAAUAUUGGAGACAAGACGAAAUUAUAGCAGCCUUUCGAACAUUUGCCACAAAACGAAAUUGCCAUGUGACACUUGUGAUUCAUCCACGGAAGGAACGCAAUGACGAAGAUCUAACAAUGAAUUCAAUUUUCGGUAGUGCAAAGGCAACUCAGGAAGCGGAUAAUGUGCUCAUCAUUCAAGAUAAGCGGUUGGUUUCGGUGAAAGGGAAAAAGUAUUUACAAAUAGCUAAGAAUCGUUUCAGUGGUGAUUUAGGCAUAAUGAUGUUGAAUUUUGACCGUGACGCUCUCAGCUAUGCAUAAAAAAAGUGAUGUUUAUGAUAAUAAUGCAUUUAUAUUAUCAUGUCGAUCGACUGAAUUUGUACAAUGUAAUUGACUCAAAUAAAUUCAUUGAGCAUGUUUAUUUCUCUUUUUAUGUUUGCUUACACAAACAAAAUUG